UGACGAGUGAAUGAUCUACCUUAAAAUAUAGAAAUUAGCCGCGCGUCAGUGAUCGCGCGCUAAUCGAUGCGCAUCACUCAUUGAGCGCGCAGCUGUGAUCUCGUGCAACUAUCAGGCACUUUGAAAAGUUCAUGGAUAAACGGCGCACGGUAUAGUGGUGGGCGAAACCAACGGAACCAAUGUCGCGCAAAGCCACGGAGAAACUAUGAAGUCCAUGAUGGCAGAGGAGCGCGCAAGAGAGACAAGUGUCGGGACCUCCAACGGAAUUAUGAUCUCAGAGGUCCUUGUACCUCGGUUACUCAAAAUUGCGCACGAGUCUGGAGUGGUGGCAAUGGCCGCGGGCUCUGGUCCCCUAGAAUUGAAGCCCUCGAGCUCCCCGAACCUCUUGGAGAUGGCGAACGGCACGCAUUGCGCGGAGCAGAUCCUCAGUUACGGAGAAGUGGAGAAGAUGCUGAUCGGCGGGGUGCUGACCAUCCUCACGCUCAUCACCAUCUGCGGGAACCUGCUGGUGGUCAUCUCCGUGUGUUUCGUGAAAAAGCUACGGCAGCCCUCCAACUAUCUCAUCGUGUCCCUCGCGCUCGCGGACCUCUCUGUUGCGCUCGCGGUGAUGCCGUUCGUCAGCAUCACGGACCUGAUCGGUGGCCGGUGGAUUUUUGGCAAGUUCUUCUGUAACGUGUUCAUAGCCAUGGACGUGAUGUGCUGCACCGCGUCUAUCAUGACACUUUGCGUAAUUAGUAUUGACAGGUACCUGGGCAUCACCAGACCCCUAACUUACCCAGUGAGGCAGAAUGGCUGGUGUAUGGCCAAAAUGGUGCUCUCUGUGUGGCUUCUGUCUGCUUCAAUCACCCUGCCACCGCUCUUUGGUUGGGCUCAGAAUGUAAACGAUGACCGUGUCUGUCUGAUCAGCCUGGACUUUGGCUACACCAUUUACUCCACGGCUGUUGCUUUUUACAUCCCCAUGACCGUCAUGCUGGUCAUGUAUUACCGCAUCUACCGUGCCGCCAAGCUCAGUGCCGCCAAGCACACCAUCGCUGGCUUUCCUCGUGCUAGAGAGGAAGAGGAGGAUGAGGAGGAAGUGGGAGGCGGUAAUGGUAUGGAGGAAUCUGUGGGAGUUGAUUGCGUAACUGUGGCAAUCAAGCUUCAAAGGGAAGUGGAAGAGUGCACACGACUACCUCGCAUCCUUCGGGGAGUGGACCGGAGAAGCAUCUCCAUAUUCAAACGGGAACAGAAGGCGGCAGCCACACUUGGGGUGGUGGUAGGAGCAUUCACCAUCUGCUGGCUGCCAUUUUUCCUCUUGUCUCUGUCCCGGCCCUUUGUCUGUGGAACAGAGUGUAGCUGUAUCCCUUUAUGGGUGGAGAGAACUCUGCUGUGGUUGGGCUACGCCAAUUCACUUAUCAAUCCCUUCAUCUACGCUUUCUUCAACCGGGACCUGCGCACCACCUACCGAAGCCUGCUCAGCUGUCGUUACCAUAACAUUAAUCGUAGGCUGUCAGCCGCCGGCAUGCACGAGGCCCUUCGGCUGGUGGAAAGGCCGGAUGUGGUUGCCUCUGGGUGACCUAUAGUUCAAUUAAUUGAGUUCAAAGGUUAACAUUUGCACAAGGAGAUGGAAACACACAACCUUAAAUGAUCAGGCUGACAUUUAGGAUUGUGUCAUGUUGGAGAGGUGUCACAUUGUACUAACUGUAAAGUCCUGUAUGUACCGUACCUACAGAUUCAAACUGCACAAAGAAAAACAGUGGUCAAUUUAGACACAGAUGUGCAUCAUGGUCAAUGGAAUUCUAUUCUUAACUCAUCUUUGUGAACAAACACCAUCUACUGUGUUGUCACAGUCCAAACACAGAACAGUAGAGCAAAAAUACAUUGUUCUGAGUUCUGCUUUUUAUCGUUCUAUAUUUUAGAUGGAAAAAAAGGAUCCUUUGAAAUAUUCACACUGUAUAUCACGGACAUGCGUGACAGGGUACCAGUACUGGUUAAAUGUGGACUCUUUUGGCAAGGCCUGCCACUUAAGGAAGAUUUUGGGAACUCUACAUUUAAGUUGUACCCAUCAACAGAACUUAAAGCAAAGACUUAUCCAGUCAUAAAAUUAGAACACUAUUCCCGCUCAGUUUUUGCCUUAAAAGCAUUUAUUGAGCCGAGUUAAACUCGUUUGUCAACUGUCAGCACCUGUUAGCUCAGAAAGUGUGAUUCAUCUAUCUCCUGAGACUCUGUACAAAAGACAACUAAGGACAAACCAUUUCUACUUUCUGCCCUCCCUCUCUGUAAAUACCCCCCCCCAUAAAAUACCUCUGUGCCCACUGAU